AUGCGAGAGCAACUUGGUGCCAGUGUAUCUGGCCUGCGAGCCCAACUCUCCACUUUUUCUCCUGAAAGAAUGGAAGCCAUUGGCAGAACACUGUCCCCCAGUAGCCUUCUGUAUAUUCCUAGUUAUGCUCUGGAUGGAUUAGAGACCCUUGAGAGAUUUCCUGGAAAGUGCACAGCUGGUGCGUCCACAGAAGAAGUUGUCCCAAAGCAGAGAUUGAACAUGAUGAACAAUUCCAACCUGACAUCCGUUUCCUAUUCGGAGGCUACAGAGUGUUAUGGAACAUGCAAUGGAACUGCUUUCCCAGGUGGCAAUGUAACUGGAUAUAGUACUUUACAGAACCUUAUUCGCUGGUUGGCAGUUUGUUUAAUCUGCAGUUUUGGACUUGUGGGGAAUGGAAAGGUCAUCUGGCUUCUUGGCUUCCGCAUGAAGAGGAAUCCUUUCACCACCUUCAUCCUGAAUUUGGCUGUUGCUGACUUUGGGGUCCUUCUAUGCAUGGAAUUCGUAUUGUUAUCCUUUUACUUAACAUGCAGCAUUAGCCAAGUCCUUCUGGCAGCCAUCAGCAUUGAGAGGUGUGUGUCUGUCCUCUUCCCAAUUUGGCAUCGAUACCACCGUCCACCACAUUUGUCCACCACUGUGUGUGCUCUCAUAUGGGUCAUCGCCCUGCCCUUUGCAAUUUACUUCAUUCUUUGUGUGACUACUCAGUUUAGAACUCCUCUCAGAAUAGAAUACCUGUAUAUUGCAACUUCCUUUCUUUGCCUUCCCCUCAUGGUUAUCUCAUCUCUCAUCCUUUUUAUCAAAGUCUGUUUAAAAUCAAUAAAGAAUCAGCGGAGGAGACUUAUAAAAACAAUCUUGAUUACUCUCCUCUUCUUCCUAAUAUUUGCUUUCCCACUGAGUGUCAUUGAAUUCAUCGACUUUUUGGGAAUGAAAUCCAUGCAUUAUAUACAUCUAUAUGCCUAUAGCGACAUAGGUGUCUCCCUAAACAGCAGUGUUAAUCCACUGAUAUAUUUCCUUGUUGGGAGAAAGAAGAGCCAGUCUAGAGAGGAUAUGAAAGCUAUCCUCCAGAGUGUUUUCAGGGAAGAGGAGGAAACAACGGAAUCCCCAGUUUAA